CGUGGCUUUGCGCUGGUGCUCUUCCUGAGCGGUUGUGCGGCAGCCAAGAAGGAAGGUAAAGCCAGGCUUAGAGCUAUGCACAGGAUCAUCAAGAAACGAGGGCGGAACGCGACGCUGCCACAACUCAUCAAACCGCACGUCCUUGGUAGCAACGACGCGUGGAAAAAUGCAAAGAAAAUCUGCGACGGCGGCGUGCCGCGGGCCGCGCGCCCGAUUCUCGUCUUCGUGCACGUAUUUAAGUCUGCCGGCACCACGACGCGGGAGACCCUGAAACAGUGGAGCCAGCGGCGGGCGAGCCCGACAACCACGUGUCGCUUCGUGAGCGCGGGCCGCUGCGGCGGCGGCAUGGCGCGGCGGCGCCUCACGUUCGCGACCUUUGCGCAGCUCCUCCGGCCGCGGCGACGCCGGCUGGGCUCUGCAAACGCGCUCUGCACGAGCGGCGCGCGCGUGGCCGUGCCGCGGCCCGACGUCGACGUCGUCGCCGGGCACCUCUGGUUCGGGACGCUCCCAGCGAGCCGGCCCGCGAUCUACGUGACGUGCCUGCGGGACCCAGUCGUCCUCCGAAUUUCUGCUGCCUUGUAUCUGAGAAUCAGGCGCUACGACAAGCUAUCGCUCGCAGAGGUGGCCGCGGACGUCGCGGCAGACUACGUAAAGAAGGCGAACAAAGAGAAGCCCUUCUAUGCGAACUCCAUAAAACGCCUGGGUGCUGCGGAGCCCAUGAGCCGCUACGGGUCUUACGUCAGAGCCUGUGCAGAUAUCAACAUUUCAAGACGCGACGUCUGCUCGAUGGCGUGACGGUGCGGAUCUCUCGCCUCUGGACUGAGCAAACUGCCGCACUCGAUAGUCGAUUUCCGCGCAGGUGAGCGGCGCCGUCGCGUCCGAGUCGGCGCGGCGCGCGGCGCGCGUCCUGGACGAAUCCUUUGCCGUCGUCGGACUGACGGAGAAGUACGGUCUCUUCAUCGAGAUGUUAAAGAAGCUGCUGCCGACGCCCGACGCCAAGACGUUCUGGCGCGACGAGGCCGGCCGGCGCGAGAACGGGAACAAAUGCAAGCACUCGACCUGCGCCGUCUUGAACGCCCUCGGCGCCGACGCGCGGCGGGCGCUGAACCGCACGGUCGCCUACGAGCGGAAGGUCUACGCCGCGGCCGUCGCCGUGCACGAUCGGCGCUGCGCCGAGCGGCUGGGGAAGGAGGUUUGUGAUGCCGUGCCGGCGAGGAGUUGUUAAGAUUAUUGUACGAAC